AUGCACGGAAUAACAGCAGAAGAAGUGGCGAGCACCUUUGUAGCCGGUUGGAUUGCUCGAUUCGGAGUACCUGCUGUCAUCACUACCGACCAGGGACGACAGUUCGAGUCGGACCUUUUCAGACGCCUUACUAAUUUAUGUGGUACUAAACGUAUACGCACUACUAGUUACCACCCUUGUGCCAAUGGGCUCGUGGAGCGCAUGCAUAGACAAUUAAAGGCCUCUCUGAUGUGUUAUGAUGAUUCGUGGUUGAAUGCAUUACCUUUGGUCUUAUUAGGAAUGUGUUCGGCUUUUAAAGAAGAUCUACAAGCAACAGUAGCGGAAUUGCUUUACGGAGAAACCUUAACGCUUCCAGGGGAACUGUUAGUACCUCCCGGUCCUUCUGGCUUCGAGGACCCGACGGAUUUUGUCGUAAAGUUAAGACGGCGUAUGUCUAAAUUGCGUCCCACUCCAUGUUCCUCACACACUAAACCAUCACCUUUCAUAUUUAAAAAUCUUUCCACCGCCUCUCAUGUCAUGCUCAGGGAGGAUUCGGUUAGACGUUCAAUGCAACCACCUUACUCUGGUCCUCAUAGAGUUAUAUCUAGAGCCGAGGACGGAAAAACGUGGUCGAUUGAUGUAAAAGGGAAACAGGUGACGGUCAGUGUCGACAGAAUUAAGCCAGCUUUCGUCGAGCAUUCUUUAGUAGAUCUCGUUCCAGCACCAGCACCGAGGGUUUCUGUGCCUCAACCAGCGCAACCGGAUGCUACUAAUGUCCCUUCAUGUCCACUCGUGCCUUCGGCACCUCUAACUGCUACUCCUACAUAUACACCUCAAUAUACCACCCGGUCAGGUCGCAGAGUCCACUUCUCCAAACCUUUCGACCUAUGA